AUGUGGCUUACUAUCCCAGCCGUCCUCACUUUGCUGCUUGCUAUCUUUAACCCUAUCACCGCCAAGGUCCACGAGAAGAUUUGUACUAUCAAGAGCGGCGGCAGCAAUGUCACUGAUGAUGCCCCUGCAAUCUUAGAGGCAUUCAAAAAAUGCGGCCGAAAGGGAAGAGUCAUCUUCGAGCCCACAACGUAUUAUGUCAACUCUGUCAUGAACAUUUCUUGGCUCGAAGAUGUUGAAAUCGACAUUCACGGAACGCUUCUGUGGAGCAGUGACAUCUUUUACUGGCUGAAUAACUCGAUGGAAGUCGGGUACCAGAACCAGUCAACAGCAUUAAUAAUCGGUGGUAAUAACGUCCGCAUCAACGGUCACGGAAACGGCACGUUCAAUGGUAAUGGAGACUAUUGGUACCAAUGGAUCAGUGAGCAGCCAAACACAUCUAACUAUCCGGGACGACCGCACGCUGUGACCUUCGACAAACUUACAAACUCCGUCAUUCGUGGGCUUAAUUUCUUGAGGAGUCAAAUGUGGACGAUGUCAAUUAUUUAUUCUCACCACGUAUUGUUUGAAAAUAUCCUCGUCAACAACACUGGAAACUGGGCACAAAGCUCAAACACCGACGGAGCCGAUACCAUCCGGUCAUCUCAUAUCACAUUCAAUAACUGGACUGUCUACAAUGGAGACGACAGCCUCUCCAUGAAAGGCAAUAGCACUGAUAUCACUAUCACAAACAGCAAGUUCUACAAUGGUCUAGGCAUUGCUAUGGGGAGUAUUGGGCAAUACAAGGACCAAUUUGAGACGAUUGAGAGAAUCACAGUCAAGGACGUCGACUUCCACAAUACAUUACAUGCUUUCUAUGUAAAGACCUGGACAGGUGAUCAGAAUGGAUACCCACCGAACGGCGGCGGCGGCGGGCUCGGGUUCGCCUCUGGGAUGAAGCUCACAAACCUCACAUCAACUGGACUCCGCGGGGCCGCGUUCGCAAUCUCACAGUGUACACGGUUCUCGGGUGCGCCAGGCGAGGGUAACUGCACGAAUUCGAAGUUCCAGAUCCGCAACGUGCAGAUUGAUAGGUUAUCAGGUACUAGCGAUUCGACACAAUUGGCGAGUCUUCAGUGCAGCGCUGUGGCACCAUGCACCAAUAUCACCAUCGCUGACGUAGACCUGCACCUAAAUAAUGGGACUGCAUCAAACGAGUACCUUUGUGGUAACGUUGUGAACCCGGCUGGGUUCAACUGUACCGGUUCGCCGUGUGUAGGGGGAAGUGCCACCGGGGGGUGCUAA